AUACCAUGAUUUUUACAUAGUGUCAAAGAUGAGGUCCUAAACUCUCCAGCAAAAACCAGCCUCAUCUUUUGAUAUACGCGAGAACAAAAUAAUUAGUGCUUUUGGUUAUUCCACAUGGAAUAGUUGGUCAUCGUUCUUCUUUUCACUUUCUAGAAAUCAAAACCAAGUAGACAAGCUUGCCAUUCCCAACAGAAAAUGGGUUGUAAAAUGAUCUCCUUGGAACCACCAAUCUUAUGUCAGCUCCCAGUAAGAAAACCAUGUUUUAGAACUAAAACUAUUGCCUUCUCUUCUUAUGCACCACACAAAGGCGAAGCUGUUUCCACCACGACCAAAUCCAUUGAAUCCCAACAGCCAAAGACCGAUGUCUACAAUGUUAGCUUCAAGACUCUGGGAGCUUGCAAGCUUGGGAUUUCCAGAUAUCCUGACUUUGAGUAUAAUGCGGAAGGGGGAACAGGAACUGGAACUGGUACAAAGAUCACAGAUGACAAUGAAGUUUCAGUUAGUUUUGACCUUAAAACACUGUAUAUUCCGCCACUGACAAGUGCAACAACCAUGUUCCUCGGACUGCCAUUGCCACCGUUUUUGAAGAUUGACAUUGUUCCUCAACUCUUACAAGGGAAUAUCAAUCAAGAAUCUGGCAAGGUUGAGCUGGAAUUCUUGGCCAAAUUCUGCUUUUCUGUUGGGAGUGUUUACCAAGCACCUCCAUUGCUGGUAAAGACAGUUUUAACAUCUGAGGAAUCAAAAGGAAAGAUUAGAAGUGGAAGAGGAGAGAGGUUGGAUAAUGAAGGGAAUUGCAAAUUGGUUGGCGUAGCAUCUGUUGAACCUAUUGAUGAUUUUUUCAUGAAUUCUUUCCUCAGUCUUCCUACUGAAUGUUUUGCCAAACUCAAUGCUCUCAUCACCGUGUCUACUUCUACUUGAAACCAUGCAACUUUCACUACAGAAAAAUACUAAUGAUGUACAUGUUACAAUCUUGCUCAUUAUUAAUUUAUAAAAAAUGUAAGAGCAUUUCUCUUAAUUUUUUAUUUUUUCUUUAAAAAAAUUACAAUGCUCAACAGAUCUCAAGAAUUACUUGGUAUUUGGACCUUUUAACUAACUUGAAAGUACAAUAAUCAUUGACCUUAAGUUUAUUGUCAAUAGCAAAUUUUGUGUAAUCUCCGGUGUGUGCUUUGUUGUGGUCAGUAUGAAUGGAAUUAACAUGCUUGCAUUGUUGUGCUUCAUACAUGAAUAACAAAAAUUCCUUGUGGUGGCUAAGAUGAUCUUAAACAAAUCAAGUUGGAAUGUGCUGCAUCAACAGUGGAAGCCAUUUGAUUUUUGCCAAGUAUAUAGAAUGACAGCAAAUAAAAACGAGAAAGCAUAUGCAUCAUCUCCCAAGUAGCCAAAUGUUUGAUGCAUUGAGUGCCAUGGGAGCUACCUAAAGAAGCAAAUUUCGCCACCAAGCAACCUUGGAUCGUCCCGUAAGCCACCACCCUUUCCAAGGAACCUAUUAUAAACCUUUUAAGUCAAUAGCAUAGAAUGAUAGAAUCAAUUUUCCCAUAAGCAAUUCAAGAAGCCAAUAUCUUUCCCAAGUAACCAAGCAAUAUAAAGUCCGUCCAAGUCAAUAGCAAUGAGCUAACGAAUCACUUCUACCGUAAACAUCCCUUCUUCCGAAGCAACAACUAUCCUCUGCAUGCUAGGUUAAGAAUCACAAAGACUAACAAUUACACAUCCAACUAUUGAUGGCCACUUGGCAAUUGGAGGGGGUAUGAACUCCUCUUUAUCAUAAAAAGUAUUAAUGAGUGAAUAAGGUACAUUCCCAGGGAAAAGUGAAACUGACUUAUUUCUAAUACUAUCAUCUUUGUUACGACAAUAGUUCCCACCAUGGCUAUUAUCUUGGUUAUUAUAUCUAUCUUUUAUACAGCUAUUUUCCACCACUGCU